GUGUGUUUCGCCUUUUCCUUCAACACGCGUUUGGAUGGGAAGGAGAGGCUAGGCUCCCCAUCGCGGCGGCGCCGAAUCGGAGAGCCGCCACGUCUUGAGGCCUCUUUUGGACAGCCAUGGAGGACGACGCUCCGGUGAUCUAUGGGCUGGAGUUCCAGGCACGAGCUUUAACACCCCAGACCGCAGAAACAGAUGCAAUACGGUUUCUGGUUGGAACUCAGUCUCUUAAAUAUGAUAAUCAGAUUCACAUCAUAGAUUUUGAUGAUGAAAAUAACAUUAUAAACAAAAAUGUUCUUCUGCAUCAAGUUGGUGAAAUUUGGCACAUAAGUGCCAGUCCAGCUGACAAAGGUGUGCUUGCAACCUGCUACAGUAAAACUUCAGACAGUAAAGUCAUGACAUGUGCGGCUGUUUGGAGGAUGCCGAAGGAAUUGGAAUCAGGCAGUCAUGAAUCCCCUGAUGAUUCAUCAAGCAACGCUCAAACCCUGGAGCUACUCUGUCACCUUGACAACACGGCCCAUGGCAAUAUGGCCGGUGUUGCAUGGGAGCCGAUGGGAGAUGGCAAAAGAUUAAUUUCUCUGGCUGAUAAUCACUUGCUUCUGUGGGAUUUGCAAGAAAGCUCAAGCAAGGCAGUGCUGUCAAAUUCCGUCGCCUUGGAAGGAAAGGGACAGCUAAAGUUUACCUCCGGACGAUGGAGUCCCCACCAUAAUUGCACUCAGGUUGCGACAGCAAACGACACUGCCAUUCGAGGAUGGGAUAUACGCACUAUGACUCAAAUAUAUUGUAUAGAAAAUGCUCAUGGACAGCUGGUGAGGGACCUAGAUUUUAAUCCCAACAAACAGUACUAUCUGGCUAGCUGCGGAGAUGACUGCAAGGUGAAAUUCUGGGACACCAGAAACGUCAGUGAGCCAGUGAAGACACUGGAAGAGCAUUCCCACUGGGUCUGGAACGUCCGCUACAAUCAUUCCCAUGACCAAUUAGUGCUGACAGGCAGCAGUGACAGCAGAGUCAUCCUUUCCAACAUGGUAUCCAUUUCUUCUGAACCUUUUGGGCACCUGGUCGAUGAUGAUGAACUUAGCGACCAGGAAGACCAUCAGGAGGACAAGAUUAAAGAACCACUUCAGGACAGCAUAAUAGCUACCUACGAAGAACAUGAAGACAGUGUCUAUGCGGUGGAAUGGUCUUCAGCCGACCCAUGGCUAUUUGCCUCGUUAAGUUAUGAUGGACGGCUUGUUAUUAACAGAGUUCCCAGAGCUCUUAAAUACCACAUACUGUUAUAAAUCUGUUCACAUUUCUUCAGCUUCAUUAUCUCAAUAUUGGCUGAUAAUUGGAAAUACUCCAUUUCUCAAAUAAGUGUCAUGAAAGGAAUAUCAACCCUUUCCCCUCUAGUGUAAAUAUUUGAAUAUUAAAAGAACUGCUAUGAAAAUCA